AUGAGCGCCAGUUACCAACAACGAACAAACAUCUCAACUCAUAUUGUUGAAAUUCGCGAUAAGACUGUCGAGGUUUUAGAGAAAUACAACAUUCAUCAUGAUACGUUUGCCGUGACUGGCAGAAUCUCCAUGGUUCGCAGCGAAAACGAACCAAUCCCAACCGUCCUUGUGGUUAUACCACAUCAAUCGCCCCGACAUUCAUCUAAAUGGUGUGAAGCUGCACAAAUCCUACAUUCCAUGCUCGAUCCACAAUUUCCAGAAAUAUCUAUAGAGCUGAUCGACGAGAAAAUGAUGUAUCGCCCAGAAUGCUCUCCUGUCCCCCAUUCACAUUCUAUUAUUCCAAAAUGGAAACAGAUUUGCACCGGAAUUUUAAAUUCUAGAUGCGACAUCACUGAAUGGACUGGAAUCGCAUUGUGGCCGUAUGGAAUUGAGGAUGAUCCCAAUAAGAACCGCCUUACGGUUCUUGUUAGUGUUCUCGAGUCAGCCAUCGGCCCGUUCUGGACUUCCGCACGCAGAAUUCAAGACAUCCUAGUUGCAACAAACGAACAUGAUAUAGAUGUUCUGUUUUUAAAGAAUGAACAUUGGCACAGAUUCGAUAAGCCCGACUAUCUAGGAAUUGAGAAAGGACCUAGGCCUCCAACAGAGAUCUGCACCAAUCGUGUUGUCUAUCCAGAAGUCAGCAUAGGAAUCCAAAACAGCGAUACUGAUACCGCCUCGACUUUAGGCGGUAUUGCUGAAUUGAAAAAUCUAAAAGAUUUCCAAUAG